AUGACCUCAGAAAAACUAACUGGAUCUAAGAGAGUUUUGGAAGAGAUCACUUUUAAUAUCUCAAUUGUGGUAAACCUUAUAGUAGUGGUUUUAUUGCUUGCAUUUCAUGUUUUUGUGAAAUUAUCAAGUUCUGUAUCCUGUAUCCUAUUAUUUUUUCAGGUUUCAUCAAUACCUAAAUCUGGCUCAGAAAAUGAGAAUUGGGUUUAUCCCUCUCCUCAGAUGUUUUGGAAUGCCAUGUUGAGGAAAGGCUGGAGGUGGAAUGAUGAUGACCUCACCCAGCAAGAUAUGGAAAACAUUAUUCGCAUCCAUAAUGUCAAUAAUGAGUUAGCAUGGCAAGAAGUGUUGAAAUGGGAAUCUCUGCACAAAAAUGAAUGUGGGAAUCCUAGACUGAAACGGUUUGGUGGAAAGGCUUCAGAUUAUUCUCCAAGAGCCCGUAUCAGGAGCUGGAUGGGGUGA